AUGAGUCCUCUAACGAGUAUGUUUGUUUCAGUUCAAAAUCCCAAAACCCACUUCUUAGCUGGUUCUUCUUCGAAGCCAAUGCACCAGUGUCUUUUGAACAUUAGCCCCAGUAAUCUACAUUCCACAUUGCAGGGCAAAGAAAAGCUUACUUCCUAUAGAAGGCCUCUUGUUGUCUGA